CGUGUUGGCCUUUUUGGGGCCUCCCGGGAGGCCCCAUGUCGCCACGAGUCGGACUCGCCCCGACGUCCCGGUCAGAACAGACACCCCUGGAGGUGGAGAGCAGCGGCGUCGGUAUCUCUGCGCUUCCCCCCGAUCUCCGACGAGCCAGGAUCGAAGGAUCAGAACGCGAGUCGAGCGCCGCCUUCGGCCUCUAGGGGGGCCCUCGCGGCAUCGGACCUGUGGGUGUGAGAGGCCCCGCGCGAGCUGGCAGCUGGCCCUGGGGGGCAACAUGAAGCGGGCGCUGCCCGAUGCGGGCGAGCAGCGCGGGGAGCCCCGCGCGGCCCCGGCGACCGGCCCGGAGCUGCUGGUGGCGGUGCUGGACGCGAGGCUCGCGGCGGAGUCGUCCGCGGAGGUGCCCGCGCUGUUCUGCCUCUGGGACUCGCUGCUGGUGCUGCUGCGCGCCCACGGAGCGGUGGGGGCCGACAACCGCGCGUGCCUGUUCGGCGCGAGCUCUCGGGCCGUGCGGCUGCUGGCCGAGGGGCGCGCCGCGGAGGCGGACUGGGCCCCAGCGCGGCCCGCGUGCGCCCAGCUGUGCCUGGAGGAGCACGCCUGCGACGGCGCCCCGCAGUUCGCGCUGGGCCUGUCCCUGGCCCUCUGCUACGCCAACCGCCUGCAGCGUGAGGACCCCGCGCUGCGGCCCCGCGUCCUGGCGAUCGACUGCUCGCGGGGGGAGGCCGACCUGGCCGCGCAGAGCGCCGCCAUCAUCAGCUGCGCCUACGCCGCACGGGCGGCAGGCGUGCCCGUCGACUGCCUCUCCCUGGGCCCCGCGCCCUCCGCGGCGCUGCGGCAGGCCGCGGCGCUGUCGGGGGGCAGGCACCUGGCGCUGCCCGCCGCGAGCUCGGGGGAGCCCCUGGCGGAGGUCCUGGCGCCCGCGCUGCUCUUCCACUUCCUGCCCGGCGUCGCCGUGCGCGGCGCGCUCAACGCCACCGAGGACGCGCCGAGCCUGGCCGCGGUGUGCGCGUGCCACGGCGAGCCGCAAGAGGUGGCCUUCGUGUGCUCGUGCUGCCUCGCCCCGUACUGCUCCGACGCCCCGGCGAUCUGCCAGGCCUGUCGCACCCGCUUCCGCCCCGAGCGGGAGAGCGAUCGGAGGCUGCGGGAGCUCGCUCCGGAGGAGGUGUGCGCGUAAGUUCGCCGUGAGGCCAAGCGGUCUCUGGGCCUCCCCGAUGGGGCCUCUACGGUCGUG